UCCUCAGCAAGCAAGAACUUGGGCAAUCAGUUCACUGUCCUGCACUGCGCCUGCCGCUAACUAGAGAUCGAACUAUCGAAGGCAAGGCAUGCUGCCAUGGACAAGACCAUCGUUCUGUACCCGGGCCUCUACGUCAGCCACUUCGUCCCCAUGAUGCAGCUCGCCGACGCCCUCCUGGAGCACGGCUACGCCGUCGCCGUCGCGCUCAUCCACGUCACCAUGGACGAAGACGCCACCUUCGCCGCCGCCGUCGCCCGCGUCGCCGCCGCCGCCAAGCCGUCGGUCACCUUCCACAAGCUCCCUCGCAUCCAUGACCCUCCCGCCAUUACGACGAUCGUCGGGUACCUGGAGAUGGUGCGACGCUACAACGAGCGCCUCCGUGAGUUCCUCCGCUCCGGCGUGCGAGGCCGAAGCGGCGGCAUCGCCGCGGUGGUCGUGGACGCGCCGUCGAUCGAGGCGCUCGACGUCGCCAGGGAGCUCGGGAUCCCGGCGUACAGCUUCUUCGCGUCGACUGCCUCCGCGCUCGCCGUGUUCCUCCACCUCCCGUGGUUCCGCGCGCGCGCGGCGAGCUUCGAGGAGCUCGGGGACGCCCCUCUCAUCGUCCCCGGCGUCCCGCCCAUGCCGGCGUCGCACCUCAUGCCCGAGUUGCUCGAGGACCCGGAGAGCGAGACGUACAGGGCGACGGUGAGCAUGCUCCGCGCGACGCUGGACGCCGACGGCAUACUGGUGAACACGUUCGCUUCGCUCGAGCCUCGGGCGGUUGGUGCUCUCGGUGACCCGCUGUUUCUCCCCGCCACCGGCGGCGGCGAGCCCAGGAGGAGGGUGCCUCCGGUGUACUGCGUCGGGCCAUUGGUCGUGGGACACGACGACGACGACGAGAGAAAAGAAAACACUAGGCACGAGUGCUUGGCGUGGCUCGACGAGCAGCCAGAUCGCAGCGUGGUGUUCCUCUGCUUCGGCGGCACCGGGGCGGUCACCCACUCGGCGGAGCAGAUGAGGGAGAUCGCCGCCGGGCUGGAGAACUCCGGCCACCGGUUCAUGUGGGUGGUACGAGCCCCUCGCGGCGGCGGCGACGACCUGGACGCGCUCCUGCCGGACGGGUUCUUGGAGCGGACCAGGACCAGCGGCCACGGCCUCGUCGUCGAGCGGUGGGCGCCGCAGGCGGACGUGCUCCGCCACAGGUCCACGGGCGCGUUCGUGACGCACUGCGGGUGGAACUCGGCGUCGGAGGGGAUCACGGCGCGCGUGCCGAUGCUCUGCUGGCCGCUCUACGCCGAGCAGAGGAUGAACAAGGUGUUCAUGGUGGAGGAGAUGGGGGUCGGCGUCGAGGUGGCCGGAUGGCAUUGGCAGCGCGGGGAGCUGGUCAUGGCGGAGGAGAUCGAGGGGAAGAUCAGGCUGGUGAUGGAGUCCGAGGAAGGGGAGCGGCUCAGGUCGUCGGUGGCGGCUCACGGCGAGGCCGCCGCCGUGGCCUGGAGGAAGGACGGCGGCGCCGGCGCCGGCUCGUCGCGCGCGGCGCUGCGGCGAUUCUUGUCGGACGUGGGCGGCCGCGAGCUUCGAUCCGUUGAGACUUUACUACUUUGGGCCUUCCACGAGAUUGUCGUGGCACGCAUUGGGCUACCACUGGACUAAUAUGGGCCCAAUAUGGCCCAGUUUAUUUUUGGCAUUCUCCCGCUCGAGCGCCCCGUUGGGCGGGAAACCAAUUUUGAUGGGGGACCACUUUGCGUGUAUAAUUUGUAUACUGUAUUAUUAUUAACCGAUAAUUUGGAUAAGCUAGAUUGCAUUGCGGAGUAAUGUAAUUUGUAAAGAACACUAUGGUAGGCUGCAGAUAUAACUCUUUUCCUCUUAAAAAAAUAUACGUUUAUACGAUUG